GUAACGGACCUCAUUCCAGCGCCAUCCCGGAGAACACCGCAAGGUUUACUUCUUCACCUAGCUUGAAAGCACACCGCGGACCUGUCGCCACCGCCUUUAACCCCACAGCUUUCAUUUUGCACCGCGGUCACCUUCGCCGUGGUGCCGGGGCCGCCAGCCAUGGCCACCCCGCUGCUCUCCCAAGUGCGGCAGAACUACCACCCCGACUGCGAGGCCGCCGUCAACAGCCAGAUCAACCUGGAGCUCUACGCCUCCUACGUGUACCUGUCCAUGGCCUUCUACUUCGACCGCGACGACGUGGCCUUGAAGCACUUCGCCCGCUUCUUCAUGCGCUGCUCCCGCAAGGAGACCCAGCACGCCGAGAAGCUGAUGGAGCUGCAGAACCAGCGCGGGGGCCGCCUCCGCCUCCGCGACAUCAAGAAGCCGGACCGCGACGACUGGGAGGGCGGCCUGAAGGCCAUGGAGAGCGCCCUGCACCUGGAGAAGAGCGUGAACCAGAGCCUGCUCGACCUGCACCAGCUGGCCACCUACAAGAACGACGCCCAGCUGUGCGACUUCCUGGAGAGCCACUACCUGCACGAGCAAGUCGAGGCCAUCAAAGAGCUGGGGGGCUAUGUCACCAGCCUGCGCAAGAUGGGGGCCCCCGAAGCCGGCCUGGCAGAGUACCUGUUUGACAAGCUCACCCUGGGCGACAGCGACAAAAAGUACUGAGUUGGGACUGUUUUCCCCAUAGCCCCAGGCCUCAUGGUGACUUCGCCUGGUCACCAUGCUGAGCAUGCGUAUUGCAGUAUUGCCUUUGCAAAAAAUUCCAGUUUUUUUCUUCCUGU